ACACAAAUUGACAAGCGUGAUUUAUUUUUGCGGAGAAUGCGCAGGACUGGUCAUAUUAUGUACUGCUAAAAUAUGUACAUCUAGUUUCCAAUGGGCUUCUCCCAAAUACUUUUUAAACUGAAAGACUGUGAAAAGAGAAGGUUAAUCUCCGGCCAGGUUCUCCACUUGAUCCAGAGUAAAGUGUUCUCUCUUCUCCAGCACUGUUUCACGCACUGGCCACUGGAUCCGUCCUUCAGAGUCGCACUGGAGACAUGGUUGAGCUACAUUCAACCGUGGAGAUACGCUGAGCACAAAAAGCAAGUCUGCAGAGAGCCAACAGGAGGCGCUGAUGAGCACUGGUCUCAUUUUGUGCAAGAGAACCUCCAGGUGUACUCUGCUAUCUUCCGGAUGUUUCUGCGGAGGGCGUCCUGUGCAGACCUCACCGAGUCUUCCCACGCCCUUAUGCUGUUCAGAGUGACCAAAGUGUUUGCCCAGCCCUGGCUGCCUCAACUGAUUCACACCGGAGAACAGCAACACAUGAAUCAACACCUCCUCUCUCCUGCUGUGCAGAAUCCAAAGAAUUUCCAGACGUCAGUGAGGACAAACAUGCGUCGCCAUGGAGACCUACAAGGUUCUCACUGCGUAUCUAUGUUUGAUUCAGAGACACACUCACAGGUGCUGCAGCUGCUGCAGAAGAUUUUGCAGGCACGGUGUUCUGUCAACCAGGCCUCCCUCGCUACCCAGCCAAGAAUAUGGCCAUUUUGUCCUGCAUGGUUCUCCUUCCCAUCACAAGGGACACCAGUGUCAAGAAAUGAGGGAGAUGAAGUGCACACAUCUAUCCUGAAUACAACAGAGCUUCUGGACAGAGCCAAACUUCUCCUCUGUCAGAUCUUUAAGUUGAGUGCCGAGAUGAUGAGUUUUGGAGCCGUGGAGGAAGAGGAGGAGCUUCCUGACUGUGUUGAGGGAGAGAACGGACUCGUUCUAACUGACCUGGGACGGAUGCAAAUUAUUAACGAAGUGCGCAGGGUCAGGGUGCAGUAUGGAGGAGACCCUGACCUUCAGCCUGUCAGAAGCUAUGAGAGCACUCUUCUGGUGAAGCUUAUGGCCUGGAUUACCUCACAUAUCAACAAACAGUUUGGGAGCCAGAUGGUGGUCCUGUGUUCACGGCAAGACCUGGUGGGUAGCAUUUGUCGACACCUGUUACUCUGCCCGCUUGACGAAAGCGAAAGGAUCCGGAAGAGCCUAGUGGCGGUGAGGCCGCGUCAAGUGCAGCGACAGCAUCAGCAGGUGCCACGCGUCAGCCUGCGUGUGUUGGCCAGCUACCGCACGCUACUCUCCCUGCUGCUGGUGUACGUCCUGGGCUGUGCGCUCUGCUCGAACCCCCUGCUCCUCUGCGGCCUGGUGGUGAUGCUGCUGACUGUGCUGGAUCCCCUGAGUCCCAGAUUGUCCCGCUGGAGCAGGAAGUACAAACACGUGCUCCAGGUGGUGCCACGACUGACUACGGGUUUGAUACUGGUGCGUCAACCUCGCGAUCGUGUGGCAAGAGGAGAAUCAUUUCAAAUGAGGGAAGCAACAAUGAACAAAGAACAUUAUUUUGUUGUAGAUAAAUAAAAUAAUUAUGACCGCCGCUAGCGAAGCGGUCAUAUAGGGAUUGUCAACGUUUU